ACUAACAUAAGUAGGUGAAAAAAAAAACAUAGGAGGAAGAAAGAAGAAGGACCGAGCAUCUUCUAAAGAGUGAAAAAGCAUUUAGGAACAUUGGAAUAUGGGGGAGAUAACAUGUCGUCGUGGACAAACAUUCUUGAUUAAUUAGUAGUAACCAAAAAGACAUUGGCGCCUGUCUUGUUCCCGUUGCUUUUCCCAAAUCUUUAUCCCCAAUUCUCUCUCUUUCUCUCUCUUACUCAUACUCUCUCUCUCUCUCUCGGAUACUACUACUACUUUGGGGUUGGGGGAAGAUGAUAGCUUCUUCUUGCUUCUCCUUGAAGCUUUCUUAGGGUUUUUGGUGGUCCUCCGCUUCUCUUUAAUUUUUCCUCUUUUUGCCCAGUUUAUUUUUAGUAGAAUUUAGAAGAUCAUGGCUCAAAGGAGAGGACCUGAUCCGCCUCCGCCCCAGAGGCGGAUUCUGCGGACUCAAACUGCUGGUAAUCUUGGAGAGGCUAUGCUGGACAGUGAAGUUGUGCCAUCGUCUCUUGUGGAGAUUGCUCCUAUCCUUCGUGUAGCUAAUGAAGUUGAAGCUAGUAACCCGCGUGUUGCUUACUUAUGUCGGUUUUAUGCGUUCGAGAAGGCACACAGGCUUGAUCCUACAUCAGGUGGACGUGGUGUUCGCCAGUUUAAGACUGCGCUUCUUCAACGGUUAGAACGGGAGAAUGAAACAACUCUUGCAGGAAAGCAGAAGAGUGAUGCACGCGAGAUGCAGAGUUUCUAUCAGCACUACUACAAGAAAUACAUCCAAGCUUUGCAAAACGCUGCUGACAAAGCUGACCGUGCUCAACUUACAAAGGCAUAUCAAACUGCUGCUGUUCUCUUUGAAGUCUUGAAAGCUGUUAAUCAGACAGAAGAUGUGGAAGUGGCUGACGAGAUUUUGGAGGCUCAUACAAAGGUGGAAGAAAAAAGCCAAAUCUACGUGCCUUACAACAUUCUUCCUCUUGAUCCUGAUAGUCAAAAUCAGGCUAUAAUGAGACUUCCUGAGGUUAACCAAACAUUCAACUAA